AUGGCGGCGGCAGAGGCUGGGGCCCUGCCCGCCGAGGAGCGCGUGGGGCAGGUGGUGCUGCCGGGGGACGUGCUGCUGCUGCCCUCGCACCCCGAGGCGGACGGGGAGCGACUGUGGCUGGGCCCGGGCGCCGCUCUGCCGGGCCGCUUGGUGUGCGGGCCGGGCCUGAGGAGCUGCGGGGCCGGGCUGCUGGUCACAAAGUGCGGGGUGCUGCGCCACCGCCAGCCGGGCGGGGCCGGAGGCGGCUCGGGCGGGGCCUACUGGGUGGACUCCCAGCAGAAGCGGUAUGUCCCAGUCAAGGGAGAUCAUGUGAUAGGCAUAGUGACUAUCAAGGCAGGUGACGUAUUCAAAGUGGAUGUUGGUGGAAGUGAGCAAGCUUCUUUGUCCUACUUGGCAUUUGAAGGUGCAACCAAAAGAAACAGACCAAAUGUGCAGGUGGGAGAUCUUAUUUAUGGUCAAUUCGUUGUAGCCAAUAAAGACAUGGAACCAGAGAUGGUCUGUAUAGACAGCAGUGGAAGAGCGAAUGGAAUGGGAGUAAUUGGACACGAAGGCCUGUUGUUUAAGGUUUCUUUAGGUCUAAUAAGAAAGCUUUUAGCUCCCAAUUGUGAAAUCAUUCAGGAAUUGGGACAACUGUACCCUUUUGAGAUAGUGUUUGGAAUGAAUGGAAGAAUAUGGGUAAAGGCAAAAACAAUUCAACAAACUUUAAUUUUAGCAAAUAUCUUGGAAGCCUGUGAGCACAUGACAGCAGAACAAAGAACACAAGCAUUUGCCAAACUAUCAGAGAGAUGAUAUAAAGAAAACAUCUUGGGUUCAUUUCAGGCUUUGCAAUUAUUGUAAUAUUUUUGUAUUCAGAUGUAUAUUAAUAACUCAUUUUGAAACUUUGCGUCUCUCCCAUUUAAUUUUUUUUUACCCACCAGUCCCUCUUUCCCGAUCCCUCAAUCUGUUUAGUCUUCCGCAUUCAAGCAUUCUCUUCACUUUCUUAGCAGCAGUGUUUACAUCUAUUUGUUUCAUAAUAAUCAAUCUUUUAAAGUCUCUCACAAUAAAGAGUUGUUGCAGAGCACACUGAUUUUUGCAACACAGAAUUCAGUAGUAACACUAAUUCUUCCAUCAAAUGAGAGCAGAAAUCUCAGUUGAUCACCUACACGCAUUUGGUGUUAUUUCCACCAAGAGGUUCUGUAUAUUGCUUUCUUUGCUGGUUCUUCAAGCUCAUCAGUGUUUUAAGCCUUAAUAUAUUAACUUUCAAGGAGCCAGUUCUUCUGCCUGCCUUAACAAAAGAUCCGGAUGGGACAGGCCAAAUGCUAAAAUAGAAGGUGAGGAAGACAUGAGGACGAAAGUUCAUGUUUCUUUAAUAAGCUACGUGGGAGGUAAGGCACUAGAAAUGACAUA